CAUUUUACUUCCUUCCACACAAACCGACACGAACAAAUCGAGAAAGAAGACGUCGCUAACUUUUAAAUGUUGUCGUCAACAGCCGCGUUUUGAGGUUAGUUUGCGUUUGAUUUCCAUCCUAAAAUGCGCGGCAUGUGGCGCGUGGUGUCUGAGAAUUAAAGAAUUGUUGGAAAACGUAGACCGUAACGUGUAGGCCUCCGAAGAAAGUUUGGUCGAAGGCCUGUAAACAACAUGUCCUCCGCCUCGCAGUCUUCCUCUAGACGGCAAUGGUGCUACCUCUGCGAUCUGCCCAAGAUGCCCUGGGCCAUGCUGUGGGAGUUCAGCGAGGCUGUGUGCCGGGGAUGUGUCAACUACGACGGGGCAGACCGAAUAGAGCUCCUCAUUGAAACUGCCAGGCAACUGAAGAACACGCACGGAGUUUUAGACGGCAGGUCCCCCGGUCCACAGCAGGGCAAGCCCAGCCCGGCUGGGCCCAUUGAAGCAGGGAGACAGCAUGGAGAGCGUCUAGAUAGGGGGAGGGGUGAGUAUGGGGUGUCUUCUCGCCUCCCCAAUGGCCUGCACAGAGCUGAAGAUGUGGCUUUGUCAGAGGGCAGCAGACAGAGCCCAAACACUCGUCGGGCUAUUGUUGGGGCAGUUCCUAGUCUUCAUGGCACCAUAUCCCAUGCCUUGAUAGCUCAGGGGUUAGUAGCAAACCCUCAUGGGCUUUUAGGCCAAUUACCAGGCUCUAGAACUGGGGCCACACCUAUUGCGGUCUCAGCUGGCCCCAUCAUGAGUGAUGCUGGUAGAAGACAGGCUGUGGGAGCUAGCACCUCUGCUCUGGUGGGUAUAGAUCCUGCACUGUGGAGGAACAAUGAAGUGUUGGCUGAAUUGAAUGAGGUGGCACGUAGCAGGGUCGAAGGCUGGCCAAACCGUCCCAAAGCAGUCCGGGAUGUACUUGUAGCUCUCAGCAGCUGCGUCCCCUUUAAUGUGCGCUUCAGGAAAGACCAUAAUCUGAUGGGUCGUGUUCUGGCCUUUGAUGCCAGCACAACUCCAGAGUUUGAGCUGAAGGUGUUUUUGGAGUACCCUGCCGGCUCUGGAAUGUUCUUCUCAGGAGUCCCAGACCUGGUCAGGCAGAUGUUCCGUGACUCAGCCAAAGACGCAGGUAAAGCAGUGAACUCUGGCUUGCGCUACGUGGAAUACGAGAAGCGCCAAGGCACAGGAGACUGGCGUGGGCUGUCCGAGCUGUUGAAUGAUGGCGUGCGGAUGUUUAAAGAGCCCCCAAUUCCAGAGGUUCUGCCACAGCCAGAUGCAGGGCUGCCUAUGGCACCUGCUGGACGCCCUGUUCCAGCAAAGAGCACAGCUCGGCGCCGCAAGGCUUCUCCGGGCUCUGAGAAUGGAGAGAGCGAAGGGAGGCCCGAUCACCCAGCGAGAGAGCCCUGGCCUCGAGGUGCUUACUCAGGCAUGGAACCUCUUCCAGGCAUGGCUGUCCCCCAAGAGGGCCCGCCCCGUUUACACAGCCAGCCCUCACCCAUCUCGGCGCUCAUGGGAGUCGCAGACAGCCUGAGCUCCAGCCAGAUGGCCAGAGACAGCCCCAGCAUGUCCACAGCCCACUCCUCUUCAGCCGGGCGCCCCACCAGCAGCAGCCCCUCCACUGCCUCCACCUCAGUCUCCCAGGCAGCCAUGGGGCAGGGUUUAAAUGCGGUGGGGUCAAGCAGCAACACCGGAGCUGGGGAGUCUACAAGCAACGCUCAGGGCACUCUGCUCUGCUGCACCCUCUGCCGAGAGCGCUUGGAGGACACUCAUUUUGUCCAGUGUCCCUCUGUCCCGCACCACAAGUUCUGCUUCCCCUGUACCCGAGGAUUCAUCCGCAGCCAAGGUCAAGGCGGGGAGGUGUAUUGCCCCAGUGGAGAACGCUGUCCCCUGGCUGGAUCCACUGUGCCAUGGGCCUUCAUGCAGGGAGAGAUCUCCACCAUCCUGGCCGGAGACGGAGACGUGACAGUGAAGAAGGAGAACGACCCUUGACGUCUCCAUCCUGCUGUGGUGAAUGUGGAUCAAACACUUUGAAAGCACUUCCCGAUUAUAUCAAGCAGUGGUCCGCAUGGGCUGCAGUUCAUCAUGUGUGCCUCUGAAAACAGAAAAACUGAACCCCAGGAGGACAGCUAUCACACACCGUUAACUAAAGACAUAGCAAGACUCACUUUUGAGAAGAGGGACAUGUCCGUCUGUCAGGGCUGGGCUCACCUGCGAAGGCCGGGCUGCUACAUCGCAUCUGGUCGAGUUCUGACCAAAUCUCUCUCUCCCUCUCUUUAGUCCAGUGCAGCAGAGGCCUCAUUUUCAAAGCCCAGGAUAGAAAGCACAUGCUUGUUUUUUUUUUUUUUUUUUUUUAAGUAUGACAAUCUGUUUUGUCUUUCAUUUGUGUUUUUGUUAUAUACAUGGCAUACUGUCCAGUACAGAUGGAUGGCAGCGAUAUUGAUAGAUGGUUUGACACAAUAAUGCAAUUCUUCGAAAAACAAAUGAAUGUUCAAAAUGUGUCAAAACCGUUGGGUCCUUAAAGCCAAGGAUAGAAAAAAAAUUGUAACGCCAAGGAUGGAAAAAAAUGUAAUCCCACAUUAUGUCUCUUAGGUAAUCUCCUUAUACAUUGUAUGUCAAAAAUGUGAAUUUACUUUCAAUAUGGCUAUGUAAUUUCUAUUUUUGAUACAAUACAAAUUUCUAUGUAUUUGUUUAUAGUGAUAAGAAGACCAAAGAUGGCUUCAUGCUCAAUGUAAUUUUAUUGUAUUGUAGCCGUGUAUGCUGUAUUCACUGAUAACCUUGGCAUCGGUCACUAAUUUGUUCAUCUAUCACAGAAGUAAGCUUGUUUUGUCUAUUUACUUUUUCAAUUAGGCUACAUGUAUGGUAAGAUAAUUAGCACCCACAUACUCAUGUGAACUUAACAGGUCAAUUCUACAAUAAAUUACAAAAUAGUUA